AUGGCGGAUCGAACCUUUGACUACAUUAUCGUCGGCGGGGGCACAGCGGGGUGUGUCGUAGCAUCUCGCCUCCACCAAGGCGACCCAUCCAAGUCAAUCCUUCUUAUCGAGCGAGGCCCAGAUGAACAAAAGCAUCCACAAAUAACUAAUCCCGUGGCGGCUCCUCUCAUCCCAGUAACUACAAAUCUAGUAUCUAAAUAUAAUACUGUCCCCCAGGCUGGACUCGCCGACCGUAGUAUCCUAAACUUGGCCGGCAACAUCCUCUCCGGCUCCAGUGCUGUCAAUUAUGGAAUGUGGUCUAGAGGCGAUAAAGCCGACUACGAGCAAUGGGCAAAGUCAUCCGGUGAUAAUCGUUGGACUUACCAGCGAAUGAUGCUCUACUUCAAUCGCAGCGAGCACCACCAUGAUCCUGAUGCUGACAAAAAAUUCCAUGGAUUUGAUGGUCCAAUACACACCGUUUCAGGCCGCCAGUAUCCGCUACGUGAUACCGUCUAUAAUGCCUUCCAUGCCGCCGGCCACAAGGACAACCCAGAUGCCAAUAGCGGAAACCCCCUCGGCCUAGCCAAAUACACCGAAAAUUGGCACAAAGCAAUUCGUCAACCCGCAGGCACCGCUUAUCCCCUCAAAGGCGUCGAAGUCAUGACCAACACCACCGUUCGCAAAAUCAACCUCAAAGACCAUUUCGCUACCGGAAACAUGCUCGCCACAGGCAUCGAACUUCUCUCCGGCCGCCAAAUCCAUGCCCGAAAAGAAGUCAUUGUAAGCUGCGGAGCUCACAGAACGCCGCAGCUCCUCAUGCUCUCAGGCAUCGGUCCCGAAGACGAAUUGGCCAAGCAUGGAAUCCACCAACUCGUCAACAGCCAUUUCGUUGGACACAAUCUCUUCGAUCAUCUCGCACUCGGCAUAGCUUGGAAGCUCAAGCCUUCUGUCCAAGAGCAAGGUGCAGCACUGGGCCAUCCCGAAUGGAAGAAUAAACCUUCCAAUGCAGAGGGCAUGCCAAUGGAAUGGAUAGUGCACUCCAGCGUCCCUCCUUCAGCCCUCUUGCCGGCUUUGCAAGCAGAUGGAGAAACACUUACUGCGUCAAAGCAACUCUUGUUGAAGGAGCGUGUGCACACCAUGAUGCUUGUAGCCUACGGCCCCAUGGCAAUGGGCCCGAAUCGCUCUGUUCCCAUAGACGGCUCGCACAUCUCCACUGCAGCCCUGCUCUACCAGCCCACCUCCCGCGGCAGCAUAACGCUCUCGUCCGCUAACCCAGAGGAUCCUCCGGUCGUUGAUCCAGCGUAUUACUCCACUCAAGCAGACAAAGUCAUGCUACGUUCCGCAGUCCGGGGCGUCCUACGCGUUGUUGAGACACCAGCUAUGCAAGAAGUUAUCGAAUGCGAAUCACCGCCGGAAGGUUACCCACCAUUAACAAGCAAGUCGACUGACGAAGAGAUAGAUGCCAGAGUAGCCGGAUUCGGAACCACGAUCCAUCAUGUAGCUGGUACGUGUGCUAUGGGCAACGUGGUGGAUGGGCAGCUGAAGGUCAGAGGAGUGGAUGGUUUAAGAAUCGUCGACGCGAGUAUCUUCCCAGCGCCCGUCAGUGGUGCGUUGCAAGCCUGCGUCUACGCCAUGGCAGAGCUGGCGAGCGACUUGAUUUUGGGGGAUGCCAAAAAGGACGCCAAAGAUGCCGCCGGCGCCAUAACGCCGUCUGAAUUGGUGUCGGAAAUGGCCGAUACGAUCCGCAAUGCUCUCCCGGCCUCUAUCAAGUCCUAG